AUGGAAGUACCCGAGCCUACACCUGCAUUUCGAAGAAGAAGGUUCAGCCACCGCCGCCUCUCUCUCUCUUCGUCCAUGGCCAAAGCUCGACGACCCACCUGGGCAUCCGCUGGACGAGUCCCUCCCCGAAGUGGUUGAAGGCGAUGGUGACCUGCAUGUUCUUGUCUGCGCUGUAGCUGUCGCUGUGCCCGAGCAGCAUCACCUUGUCGUGGCGGCUGAAAUGGUUAUUGGAGAUGGUGAUCGCCGUCGAGCCGUGAAUAGCGUCGACGAGCCCAUCCUGGCAGUUGUAGAGCGUAUUGUGGUCGACCCAGAUGUGGCUCCCCCCGAAUAUGGAGACACCAUCGCCGUCAGAGAGAGUUCUCCACCCGUAGUGAUUGGGACUGUCCCUCACGUAGGUGUUCCCCCCCUGCUUACAGUCGUGGAUGUUAAGCCCAUGGAUGAUGACGUUGGUCACGUAUUGCACGGUGAUGCAGGGCCCGCCGGCGAUGUGCACGGUGGAGCCUCGGCCGUCGAUGGUCUUGUAGGAGUUCAUGAUGAGCUCCUCCUUGAGCUUGAUGGUCAUGUCGUGGGCGAAGAUGAUCCAAAGGGGCUCUUUUUGAAUGACGGCGUACCGGAGGGUGCCUGGUUUUGGGGUGACCACGUCGUCGUCGCUGGGGUCGGUGACGACGUAGAUCUUCCCGUUCUUGCCGCCCAUGGCGUUCUUGCCGAAGCCGAUGGCGCAGUCGGCAAGCUGCUGCCGGUUCUGCUCCCAGUUGGGGUCGCACCGCCAGCAGUCGUCGAUGGGGUUGCCGGUGUUGCAGGAGAGCUCCGCCAGUCGCCGCCGCCGCGCCACCGAGGCAUUGAUGCUCCUGCGGAGGCCAAAAGGGGAAGCUUUGUUUGAGACGAAGAAUGAGGACCUUCCCCUGAUGACGCAUUAGAGAAAUGGAUCACUACCUGAUGACCUCCUGAACGACGAGCUCCGGGUCCUGCACCGCCGCAGACGACGGCGCCGUCCUGGCGGAGGAGCAAGAAGAGCAGAGGAGGAGGAAGGAGAAGACGCAGAUGAAGGAGGAAAGAAGAGAGAGAGAGGCCAUGGCGGUCUUCCUUCCUCCUCCAAUGGUAAUGAAUGUGGGAGGAAGCGGGGGGAAGGGGGGGUUUUAAGAGGGUCGGAGGGAGGCGACGGCGGGAACGAGAGGACAAGAUCGGCUGGUGGGACCCUCUCCCCUAACGCGACUCUUGGAUUUUGGGCCCCCGGGGGGGCCCCACUAUCCCAUCCUAUGGCAUCAAUCACGCGCCCGACCUACACUCCUCAUCUCUCUGGACAACCGCCGCUAGCGUACGGUUUGUAACCUUCCCAGCUGCCGUCUUCAGCGAAUUGAUUCCUCUAUAAGGUAGUGAUAGGUAGCGAGAGAGAGAGAGAGAGAGCGAGCUAACCUACCGAAGGGGAGAGAGAGCGAGCUAACCUACCGAAGGGGAGAGAGAGAGAGACGCUGCAUGUUGUUCCAUUUGCAAGAUGCCAUGCAGCCUCGGACCCGCCGCGGCGCAGGCCACCUCCGGCGGUUGAGGCUAGUACCAACUCUUAGAAUAUUAAAACAUAAAUUAUUCAGUUUAAUAAAUAUAUAUAUCUCGAUAUAUAAAUGCAUACUUCACCUAGUCUUCAUAAUAUAUAACCAUAAGUAAACUAAUGGAAUUAUUUAGUAUGGUUUCAUCGUCAUUCCACGGAUAUUCGUAUGGCGUCUACGGUCUUCCCCACUCACUGUCAAUUGGUUCUUGGGUUGGGUAUCCCAAGUCAGCGAAACUCAGAUUUAAUCGGCGCCGACUGACACCUGGACUUUCCGUUGGGGAGGACAACUUAAGCGUAGUUACUGUACGAUCGACUUUGAGUUGGGUGACUUUUAGUUAUUUGGUCAACGCUAUCGACGUCUCUCUAGGGUUUGAUCUGAUCAUAAUCAUCAAUAUCACUGACGUAAAAGUCACGAAGAGUGGAUGGACGUUGCCUUUGAACGAACCUAGUGAUUGUUAGUCAAGUCAAAUCGGCAUUUCUUCUAACACUCGAGGAAUAGCUUCUCUCACAAAAGGGGCACAGUGAUCCACAUAUAUGCCAUGCUUAUGCCACCAGAUGGGGGAAAUUCUUACCCUACAAUAUGCUGUGAGCCAAUAGGGGGAAGAGGAGCAAGAAAAAGGAGGAGAGGGAGAGAGAGAGAGAGAGAGAGAGAGAGAGAGAGAGAGAGAAGGGGGGGAGGAGCCACAUGCCUCCAUGUUAGGUAAGAGGGCGUAGUCAAGAUUGGCUGCGAACCGAUUUUAGACACUGGUCCUUGUAGAUGAUAAUGGGACGAUCAAGCGGCAACCCUUGAUCCACCACCAAAUCAGGGAAUCUCUCAAUAACUGCCCACUUAUUUCAUUAUGCAGUGUUCGGACCCAUAAUCUGAUGACUGCCCACCAUAAUUUUCAUCUCCUCUUGUCUUUUGAUGCAUCGAUGAAUGCAAAAUUUCUUCUCUUUGUACACCAGCAUUCGAUGAGAUCAACCAAUAUGAUGAAUGCCAAUUCAAGUAUAGAGCUCUUCUAAUCUUUUUGUGGAUAAUCCAUGCGUGAGAAUCCCUUAGUUCAGAGAGAAAGAGAGAGAGAGAGAGAGAGAGAGAGAGAGAGAGAAAGAGAGGGGGAUGUUUCAAUUGGUCAACUCCUGGAGCAUGUGA